AGAAUGCGUUGAGUGAUUUAGUGGACGUUAUUAAAACACUAGCAUCUGAGUAGAAGUUGCUUGUCACUCACUCACACACACACUCACUCACUCACUCACUCUUGUGAAAUGGGAAAAGCAACGUUGAAUCCCCUACUGGCUGUCUUCACAGUCGUUAUCCUUUCCACUGUUUACGCCGAUGAAGCAUCGAAAACAUUCAUCUUCCGCGUGGAUUCCCAAGCCAAGCCCUCCGUCUUCCCCACGCACCUCCACUGGUACACCUCAGAGUUCACCCAACAAACAACCAUCCUCCACGUCUACGACACCGUUUUCCAUGGCUUCUCCGCGCGCCUCACGCGCCAACAAGCCCACUCCCUAGGCCAACACCCCUCCGUGCUCGCCGUCUUCGAGGACACCCGCCGCCACCUCCACACCACGCGCUCCCCACAGUUCCUCGGCCUCCGCAACCAGCGUGGCCUCUGGUCCGACUCCGACUACGGCUCCGACGUCAUCAUUGCUGUCUUCGACACCGGCGUCUGGCCCGAGCGCCGCAGCUUCUCCGAUUUGAACCUCGGACCCAUUCCCCGCCGCUGGAAAGGCGCAUGCGAGACGGGAGUCAGAUUCUCCACCAAGAACUGCAACCGCAAGCUCAUCGGCGCAAGGUUCUUCUCCAAAGGCCACGAGGCCGGCGCCGCCGCCGGCCCUCUCAACCCCAUCAACGACACCGUUGAAUUCCGCUCCCCUCGCGACGCCGAUGGCCACGGCACCCACACCGCCUCCACCGCCGCCGGCCGCUACGCCUUCCAGGCCAGCAUGUCCGGCUACGCCGCCGGAAUCGCCAAAGGCGUCGCUCCCAAAGCGCGGUUGGCGGUGUACAAGGUAUGCUGGAAAAACUCCGGCUGCUUCGACUCCGACAUCCUCGCCGCCUUCGACGCCGCUGUCAACGACGGCGUAGACGUGAUUUCCAUAUCCAUCGGUGGAGGCGAUGGAAUCGCCUCGCCUUACUAUCUGGACCCCAUCGCAAUCGGGUCCUACGGCGCGGUUGCCAGAGGAGUGUUCGUAUCUUCUUCCGCCGGCAACGACGGGCCAAGCGGAAUGUCAGUGACGAACCUGGCGCCAUGGUUGACGACGGUAGGAGCAGGCACGAUUGAUCGUGACUUCCCGGCGCAGGUGAUUCUGGGCGACGGUGGGAGACUGUCGGGCGUGUCGCUGUACGCGGGCGCGGCGUUGAAGGGGAAAAUGUAUGAAGUUGUAUACCCUGGGAAAUCGGGAAUACUAGGGGAUUCCCUAUGCAUGGAGAAUUCUCUAGAUCCGAAGAUGGUAAAGGGUAAGAUAGUAGUAUGCGACAGAGGAAGUUCCCCGAGGGUUGCCAAGGGGCUGGUGGUGAGGAAGGCCGGGGGCGUGGGAAUGAUUCUGGCGAACGGAAUCUCCAACGGCGAAGGCCUCGUCGGGGACGCGCAUCUUCUCCCGGCGUGUGCUGUGGGUGCCAACGAAGGGGAUGCCAUCAAGAAAUACAUUUCCUCUUCACGGAACCCAACGGCUACCCUCCAUUUCAAAGGCACUAUUUUGGGAAUCAAACCGGCGCCGGUUCUCGCUUCUUUCUCUGCCAGAGGACCCAACGGUUUAAACCCUGAGAUUCUCAAACCGGAUUUGAUUGCUCCCGGUGUCAACAUCCUCGCUGCUUGGACCGACGCUGUCGGCCCCACCGGUUUGGAUUCCGACACCAGGAGAACCGAAUUUAACAUUUUGUCCGGCACUUCCAUGGCUUGCCCUCACGUGAGUGGCGCCGCGGCCUUGCUCAAAUCCGCACACCCUGAUUGGAGCCCCGCCGCCAUAAGAUCCGCCAUGAUGACCACCGCCACCGUCCUUGACAAUAAAAACCGGAUCUUGACCGAUGAGGCCACCGGAAACAAUUCCACUCCUUACGAUUUCGGCGCUGGACAUCUGAACCUAGGACGCGCCAUGGAUCCUGGCUUGGUGUACGAUAUCACCAACAAUGAUUAUGUUAAUUUCCUCUGCGGUAUUGGUUACGGGCCCAAGGUUAUUCAGGUUAUCACCCACGCGCCUGCGAGUUGUCCCGCGAAAAGGCCUUCCCCGGAGAAUCUGAAUUACCCGUCUUUCGUGGCUAUGUUUCCGGUUUCUUCCAAGGGGGCGGUGUCCAAGAUGUUCAUACGGAGCGUCACCAAUGUGGGGCCCGCCAACGCGGUUUACCGCGUCAACGUGGAGGCCCCGAGUGGGGUGACCGUGACAGUGAAGCCCUCGCGGCUGGUUUUCUCUGAGGCGGUGAAGAAGCGGAGCUAUGUGAUGACGGUGGCGGCGGACACCCGAAGUCUGAAGAUGGGUCAGUCCGGGGCGUUGUUCGGGUCGGUGACGUGGACGGAUGGGACCCACGUGGUUCGGAGCCCCGUUGUCGUUACUCAAUUAGAACCGAUUUAGAGCUUCGAUCAUGUCGUUUUGAGCGAUGCUCGUCACUCGUGACUGAUAUAAGACAACAGAAAUACUCAGUAUUUCUUCUUUCUUUUUCUUUUUUAAUUGGCAAGUUUAGGACCGUGUUUUCUUAAAGUCACAAGGGUUGGACUUGUAAUCCGUUUGUUGUACUUUUUUCAUUAAGUUUUUUCUUGACUUUAAUUUUGUUUCACCUUGUAUUUAACAUUUCUAGGAGUCUAUCUAUACUCUAUAUAAAGGUUAUAGGAUAAAUUAUAAUUUGUCAUAUUUAUGCUAAGUUGUCAUUGCUUUAUUUGGACCA